AUGGGUGUGAUAACAUUAAAUGUGGUUUGGUCACCUCAAGGAGACGAACAAUCCCAACUAAAAAAAGCAAUGCAGUUCGAGUCUACCACACUAGUUUUUGAUGCAUGUAAAAUUAUACGAGAAAAAGUAUCUGGAAAUAAUAUUAAUCCUAAAGAAUAUGGGAUGUUUCGUCUAGAGGAAGAUCCAACGAAAUGCGCUUGGAUGGAAAAUGGUCGAACUUUGGAGUAUUAUUUGGUCCGCAGCGGUGAUACAGUUGAAUACAAGAAGAAAAUUCGACCUUUAAAAGUAAGAAUGCUCGAUGGUGCUGUAAAAACAGUAAUGGUAGAUGAAAGCCAACCAGUGGGCGAGAUCAUGGUCGUUGUCUGUUCUAAAAUUGGAAUCAGUAAUCAUGAAGAAUAUUCAAUGGUACGUCAAUCACCGGAUCAGGAUUGGCGUUCUACACUCACAUUAAGGGAUGAAAAAAGAGGAAAGAGCGAAGAAAGAGGUAUUGGCUUUGGAACUCUAGGACGAAAUAAGGAAAAGAAAAUGGAGCAGCUUCGCCAAAAAUUGCACACUGAUGAAGAACUAUUAUGGCUUGAUCAUGGCAAGACUCUACGUGAACAAUCAGUAUCUGAUGAUGAAAUGCUUUUCUUGCGUCGUAAAUUCUUUUUUUCUGACACUAACGUUGACUGCCGUGAUCCAAUUCAACUUAAUUUAUUAUAUGAGCAGUGUAGAAUGGGUGUUUUACAAGGAAAUCAUCCAGUUACGCGUGAAAUGGCAUGUAAUUUGGCAGCUUUGCAGUGCCAAAUACAGUACGGUGAUUUACAGGAGCAUCGACAGCGCAAUAACUUUAUAGAUCUCCGGGAAAUCUUACCAAAAGAAUACAUUAAAUCAAAAGACAGUGAAAAGCGUGUAAUGGAUGCUUACCGUGAACUAAAUGGAAAAAGUGAAUUGGAUGCAAAAAGUAAAUAUGUUCACUUGUGCCGUUCUUUAAUCACUUAUGGUGUUACAUUCUUUGUGGUAAAGGAAAAAAUGAAAGGUAAAAAUAAAUUGGUACCAAGAUUGUUGGGUGUUAACAAAGAGUGUGUGAUGCGAAUGGAUGAAAAAACUAAGGAAGUACUCCAAGAAUGGCCACUGGAACAAGUAAGACGAUGGGCUGCAUCACCAAAAACAUUUACAUUGGAUUUCGGGGACUAUCAAGAUGGUUAUUAUUCCGUACAAACAGCAGAUGGAGAGAAGAUUGCCCAGUUGAUUGCUGGUUAUAUUGAUAUUAUUUUGAGAAAGAAACGAACUCGUGACCAUGUUGGCAUAGAGGGUGAUGAAGGUUCAACGAUGCUAGAAGAUGUUGUAGCACCAGCUCGUGCUACGUUAGUUGCGCAUGGUCAUAUUGGUGAAGGAUAUGCUCAAGAAGGUAAUGUUGCCAUCCCUGGUGUGUUACGAACUCCUGGUGGUUUAGCAUCUGGUCAGAGAGGAGCUGUGAAUGGUGCACAAUAUGGUGCUGUAAGCGGACAGAUUCUUCAGCAUCAGCUGGCCAAAGGCCAACGACCGCGCAUAAUAAAUUCGCAAGAACGUGCCCAACGAGCUCUUAUUGGUACAAUUGAAGCAUCUAUUCGUGCUGUUGAAGCCGCAGAGGAAGAAAUGAAAAAACCAGUUGAAAUAGAGAUCCCGCGAUUUACUGAUGAUCCUACUUCGCGCCGCUGGAUUGAAACCAAAGUGGAAGUUGAAAAACAAAAAGUGGGUGACCAGCUUGCGCAAAUGGGGGCUGCUACAGCUCAAGUAGUACAAUUAACAGCUGUUGUCGACGAAAUAGAUUCAAAAGUUGGUACAGCAAUAGCUACUAUUGGAUCAAAUAUGCCUGAAAUGGGUCGGGGAGUGCGUGAAUUGGCUGCUUUGAUGCCAGAUAAACAGCGACGGGGUGAUCUGGUAGAUGCUGCUCGAAAGUUAUGUGGAGCAUUUUCUGAUUUUUUGAAUGCGGUUAAUCCCGAACAUGAAGAAAAACGGACAACAGUGCUUGCCGCUGCAGGACGCGUUGGAGAUUUUUCACAAGCUGUUAUAAAUACUUUAGAUGAACCAACGAACGAAGUGAAAUCAUUCCACGAUCAUUUGGUGCAGCGUGCCAAAAAUGUGGCUACUUCGACUGCACAGCUUGUACUCAGGCAAGUUAUCACAUUACAAGCUAAAACAAUAUCCUCAGAAUGUGAGGAGCCAGCAUUACAAGAUAAAGUAAUUCAUUCUGCCACACAGUGUGCUUAUGCUACUUCUCAACUUGUUGCAUGUGCGCGAGUUGUUGCGCCAACUAUAGAUUCUCCUGCCUGUCAAGAACAGUUGACGUCUGCUGCUAAACAAGUAGCUAAAGCUGUUGAAGAAUUGUUGGUGGAUGCACAAGAAGCUUGUAAGAAAAGCAGUAGUGACGGUAAAAAAUCAUAUCAUAAUAUUCAUGAGGCUGCGCGAGAGGUCACAACAGCGUUAGAUGAUUUGCUCUUGCAUGUGAAAACAUCACCAAGGUUUAUUCGUACAACGCACGAAAAUUACGAGUAUGAGCAAAUUUUGAAUCAGUCUAGAAAAAUUAUCACAUACCAGGGACCAACAGAAGAUAUGGUACGGCAGGGUGAAAGUGCGAUACGUCACAGUCGUCUCUUAGUUGAGCAAAUGGAAGCAGAAGCGGAUCGUUUACCAGAGCGUCGGGACCGUCUUCUUGAUGCAGCACGUUCAGUAGCACAAGCAACUAGCAGAAUGAUUGAUGCUACUAAGGAAUGUCAAGUCCAUCCACAAGCAGCUGAAUCACAAGUGGCAUUACGCUCUGCUGCCGAAAAGCUGGUGACUGUAACCAGUGAGGCCACCAGUGAAGAACAGUCAAAAAGAACUAUGGAGCAUCUUGAACAGGCUGCAAAGCAAACAGCUGCCGCAGCUACACAAACCAUAGCAGCAGCCAAUUCUUGUCAGCCUUACAUUCAGUCAAGAGCAGUAACUGAAACAUUAAUCAUUGAAUGUACGGAAACCGCUGAACGCGUACCACCUCUUAUUGCAUCUAUACGGGAAAGUCAAGCAGCUAGGACUCCAAACGAGAAAUUCCGUGCUCAAAGCAAUUUAAUUCGUGACACGACUCAGGUAUUACGUCCAGCAACACGACUUGUUGAGGUAGCUCGGCAGACAGUUGCUUCAGUUUCGGAACAACAUGUAGCCAGUCAUCUGCAAUCUAUCAGUCAGCAAUUAUCUACUCAACUGGCAGAGCUACGUGUUGCUUUGAACAAUGCUCAACAGCUUAACUUUGAAAUGCAGUUGGUGCAUUCAGAAGAAUUAAUUCGUGAACUAGACAACGAGUUAAUUGAAAUUGGACGUGCUGCUCAAUGUGGCCAACUGGCUGCGGUUCCAGGAGAAUCAGCUGAAACUGCAACUUCUAAGUUAACGGGUGCUGCGAGACAGGUUAGCUCGACUUUAACACAGAUGGUAAGUGCAGCUGCAACUGGCGACCGUCAGCAUGUAGGAGCAAGCGCGAUUGAAGCCGCACGUUCUUUGCGAACAUUUACAUCUACUGUCCAUGGAGUAUGUUCAACUAGAAAAGAUACACCUGUAGACAGGUUCAUCGUCUCGGCUCGCUCAGUAGUUCAUGAUUCUGGAAGAGUUUUUGAUAGGGUUCGUGAGCAAGCAACACCUCAGCAACUUAAUGAUGCUACAAGACAAGUUGCAGUAUCACUGCGACAGUGUUUAUCAUCUUUGCCAGACACACAGCGUAUUGAAAAAGCUGUGAGUCAAAUCAAAUCAUUCCGGGCUCCAGAAAUAGCGUCGACUGUAGAUUUACGUAGUUCAGCCUCUCGACUUAUUGAGGCUUGUUCACAGUUAGCAGUAAGCUUGCAAGCACCACAGGAAGCAGCAGCUGUUGAUGUUUUUGUACGAUCUUACACUGAUUUCCAUACCGCGAUCGCACACGCAAUUAAACAACAGCAGGAUGUCAUACAAAGACAGCAGUGCGUUUCAUAUCUGGAAACAGUUCGAGAAGAGGCAGUGAAUGUAGUGAUGCGCACUCAUGCUGCAUCAAUGGAUGCUUCUAAUGCGUCAGCACUGCAGUUGCUUUCUCAAUCCACUCGUUCGUUAACCGAAUCUAUAAAUGCUAUAGUGGAGAACGUAAGUAGAGAGGCUCCCUGGCAACGUGAGUGUGAUGCAGCCUUACGACAAAUUAAGUCUGUACGACAUAUUUUGGAUCGAGCUAAUCUACCGGUAAAUAAUGAAGGUUAUUACGAAAGUUUGGAUUCCGUAACAGAACAAGCAAAACGAUUGGGAGAAGGUAUGACUGGUAUAGCGCGACAUGCGAAAAAUCAGGAUACGCAAUCACUUUGCGAAAGUGUUCGCACAGCUGCAAAUGCGAUUUGUGGUCUUGCUGAGGGCGCUACUCAGAGUGCAUAUUUGGUUGGAGUUGCUGAUGUAAGAAGUCAGCCUGGAUGUUCAGCUAUCAUUGAUACUUCAAAAUGUCGUCGUUCAGUGGAAAUAGUUAAGCAGAUUUGCCAACGUAUUCAACGUAUGGAAUACACACAGCAGCAAAUCCUUGAUGAUGCCACUGUAAUUGCUAAACACACGUCAACAUUAGCCAAUUUGUGUCGCGAGGCAUCAGAAAGGGCAUCGAAUGUCAGUUUGAAAAAGCAAUUCAUUAACUGUGCCCGCGAAGUUGCCUCUUCUACUGCAUCCUUGAUAACUGCUGUUAAGCAGUUAGAUAGUUCAUUUACUGAGAGGAACCAAAGAGAAUGCUCAGAGGCAGCGCGAUCGCUAUAUACAGCAGCAGAGCAGUUGGAAACAUUUGUAGAUAAUCCAGAAUUUGCUGCUGUACCUGCCAAAAUAUCUUCAUCAGGGGAAGCUGCUCAGAUUCCAAUCUUAGAGUCAGGCAGAGAGAUGCUGGAUGCUAGCUGCGAAAUGAUCAUAACAGCUAAGCAACUUGCUCUUUCUCCAACUGAUGCGCCAACUUGGCAACGCUUAGCUGAUAAUUCGAAAGUUGUUAGUGAGAGUAUAAAACGUUUGGUAGCAUCCAUUCGUGAGCAGGCACCCGGUCAAGCUGAUUUGGAUCAAGCCAUAAUUAAGCUUCAACAAAUGAUUCAACAACUUGAUCGAGCCUCAAUGGAUGCUUUUCAAGAUCAGUUGCCCCGUAGCUCAGUGGCUGAACAGCAACUUCAUCAGCAAAUUUUGCAUGCGUGCCAAUCAGUUUAUGAUAGAAUUAAGCCAUUAUGUGAAGCAGCAAUUGAACAUAGCGAAAAAUUGAGUCGUGCUGUGCAUGAACAUAUGGAAGCAAUGGAACCACUCGUUUACUCAUCCAUACAAGCUGCGUCGAUAACAUAUGACACGAAAUCACAAACUACUAUUUUUGAGCAAUGCAAAACAGUCGUUGAGGCUGAACUACAGAUGUUAUAUGCGAGCAAAAAUGCUGGUGGAAAUCCAAACGCACGUGAAUUGCACAUAGUUUUAAAUGAUAGUGCUAAUCAGUUGCGUGAUGCGUUGACAGAAAUGCAACGAAAUAUAAACCGAAUGGCAUCUGAAGCUGGUGUUAUUCAUGGUGUUGUAGAAAAUAUAUCUAGAUCUAUAGCACUGACAGAUGAUGUCUCUUCGCAAACUGGCGAUGGGACAUUUGCUGACGCACAAACUCGUAUGAUAAAUGCACUUGGAGAAAUAUCUCAUAUAGCUACUGAUAUGCCUCUUACACCUCCAAAAUCUUUGGGACCUCUGGCUUUACGACUUUCUGAACGUUAUUCUGAACUGGCAAGUGAUUCUCGUCUUGCAAUUGCGACACUGUCUUCACCUAAUUUAGCACAAAAACUGCGAUUAGCUGUGCAGAAGUUGGGUACCGCAUGCAUAGAGGAAGUUAAAGUGGCUGGACAACGCCGUGCUCAUCCAGAUGACCAGCGUAUAUUGGAUGAUUUGUCUCGUGGUUCACGAUCGGUAGUAGAAAGAGUACAGGAAGUACUUGCAGCACUGCAUGAAGGAUCACGUGGGACCCAAGCGUGUAUUAAUGCCGCUAACACUGUGUCAGGAAUUAUUGGAGAUCUUGAUACAACGAUUAUGUUCGCUACUGCCGGAUCAUUGAAUCCACAGCUUGACUCAGAAAAAUUCGGUGAUCACAGAGAAGCAAUUCUGAAGACUGCUAAAGCCCUAGUAGAAGACACAAAAGCGCUUGUAGCAGGAGCAGCAUCUAAUCAAGAACAACUAGCAGUUGCGGCGCAAAAUGCUGUUCGUACUAUUGUCAGUUUAUCUGAUGCAGUUAAGAAUGGCGCUGUUUCUUUAUCUUCAGAUAAUGCUGAGGCUCAAGUUAUGGUUAUUCAUGCAGUUCGUGAUGUAGCAGCUGCACUUUCAAACUUGAUUCAAGCAACAAAAAAUGCAUCGGGUCGCUCGCUUCACGAUCCUGCUAUGGGACAUCUUAAAGAGGCUGCCAAGGUUAUGGUUACAAAUGUCACAUCUCUUUUAAAAACUGUGAAAACCGUUGAAGAUGAACAUCAGCGUGGUACGAGAGCCCUUGAAGCAGCAGUUGAAGCCAUUGGUCAGGAGAUCCACUUUUAUGAUAGUGGAGAAGCAUCUUCAAGGGGAGGGGCCGCUGCAGAGGAUGUUAUCCGAACAACAAAACAGCUGACUACAGCAACGGCUCGUGCAGUAGCUGCAGCACAAACAUUACAACAAAGUGAUAUUAUUGCAGCGGCCAAUCUCGCUCGACAGUCUGUUUGUGAUUUGUUAGCAACUACUCGAGCUGCUGCUCUUUCUGCUGACUCUGCAGAUGCUAGAUACCGUACUCUAGAUUGUGGACGGGAAGUUGCUGUACAGGUGCGCUCACUUCUUAUGACGUUGCAGUCUCUUAUUGUGCGUCGAGAUGAUCCAUAUGCGCGAGAAGCUUUACUCGAAGCAUCAAAAAGAAUCGCUAAAGUGGUCGGUGAGCUUAUAAACUGUGGUGAAUUGUUAAAAGGUGAUUCAUGGACUGACCCGUCGGAUCCAACAGCAGUUGCCGAAAAUGAACUUAUUGGCGCAGCAAAUUCUAUUGAAGCAGCUGCUGUAAAGCUCUCUCAACUUAGACCGCGUCAAACUCAGAAAAUAGACGAUUCGUUGACUUUCGAUGAACAAAUUCUGGAAGCAGCGAAGUCGAUUGCGACCGCUGUUCAAACUCUUGUUAAAGCAGCGUCUGCGGCGCAGCGUGAGUUAGUUGCUCAAGGAAGAUUAGACGCUCAGCCAGUAUUUGCGUCUGACGACUACCAGUGGUCAGAGGGACUGAUUUCAGCGGCUCGGCUUGUCGCUACGGCUGUCCAUCAGCUUUGUGAAGCAGCUAAUGCGCUUGUACAAGGUCAUUCUUCAGAAGAAAAACUGAUUUCAGCAGCAAAACAGGCAUUUAUUAAAAAUGUGGCAUCUUCAACUGCACAUUUGCUAGUAGCUUGUAAAGUAAAAUCAGAUCUGGACAGUCGUGCUAUGCAGAGGCUACAAAGUGCUGGACAUGCUGUAAAAACAGCUACUGAGCACUUAGUGAUGGCAGCUCGUUCUGCUUUACAUGAGGAUGAACGUACAUUUAUCAUUUCACAGCGCAUGGUUUCUGGCAUUGCACAGGUAAUGGAUGCUCAAGAGCAAGUAAUUAGGAAAGAACGUGAGUUAAUUGAAGCUCGAGGAAAAUUAGCAGCUUUGAAUAAAGCUCGAUAUGAACGUGGUCUUUCUCCUAGUGCUGAACGAUGA